AUGGAGUGUUUACAACAGAUGAACUACUGGAAGCUGAGGAAGCCUACAAAGGCAACAGCAAGCAUCUUGAACAUACUCCUGUGUUCGGUGAUCUUCGGCCUGCCCUGCACCCUGGCCACCGAGGCCUGUUUGCAGGCUUGCCCUGCGGCCUGCACCUGCAGCAGCAUCGAGCGAGGCUGCUAUGUGCGUUGCGACCGUGCGGGCCUCCUGCGGGUACCCACUGAGUUUCCGUGUGAGGCGGUCUCCAUCGACCUGGACCGGAAUGGCCUGCGCAUCCUGGGUGAGCGGGCCUUUGGCACACUGCCGUCAUUGCGCCGCCUGUCGCUGCGCCACAACAACCUGUCCUUCAUCACGCCCGGUGCCUUCAAGGGUCUACCGAGGUUGGCCGAGCUGCGCUUGGCACACAAUGGCGAGCUGCGCUAUCUGCACGCACGAACCUUCGCGGCGCUUGGUCGCCUGCGCCGCCUGGAUCUGGCGGCCUGCCGUCUCUUCAGUGUGCCCGAGCGUCUCCUGGCCGAGCUGCCGGCCCUGCGUGAGCUCACAGCCUUUGACAAUCUGUUCCGCAGGGUGCCCGGUGCACUACGCGGCCUGGCUAACCUGACACAUGUGCACUUGGAGCGCAGCCGCAUUGAAGCUGUGGCUUCCAGCUCCUUGCAGGGCCUGAGGCGCCUGCGCUCACUCAGCCUGCAGGCCAACCGCGUGCGCGCAGUGCAUGCUGGGGCCUUCAGCGACUGUGGCACCCUAGAGCAUCUGCUGCUCAAUGACAACCUGCUGGCCGCACUGCCUGCAGCUGCCUUCCUGGGCCUGCGCCACCUACGCACACUCAAUCUGGGUGGCAAUGAGCUGGGUCAUGUGGCGCGUGCCUGGUUCUCCGACCUGGCAGAGCUCGAGCUGCUUUACCUGGACCGUAACAGCAUCACUUUUGUGGAGGAAGGUGCCUUCCAGAACCUCUCGGGCCUCCUGGCCUUGCAUCUGAAUGGUAACCGCCUCACCAUGCUCUCCUGGGCUGCUUUCCAGCCUGGCUUCUUCCUGGGCCGCCUCUUUCUCUUCCGUAACCCUUGGCAUUGUGACUGCCAUCUGGAGUGGCUGCGCGAUUGGAUGGAGGGCUCUGGGCGUGUGGCUGAUGUGGCAUGCACCUCCCCAGGUUCAGUGGCUGGUCUGGAUCUCAGCCAGGUGGUCUUUGAGCGUUCCUCUGAUGGCUUGUGUGUAGACCCCGAGGAGUUAAACUUCACCAAAUCCAGUCCAAGCCCCAGUCCAGAGCCAGUGGCCACCACCGUGAGCAGGUUCAGAAGUCUCCUCUCCAAGCUGCUGGCCCCAGGAGCCCCUGUGGAGAAAAUAGCCAACACCACCUGGGAGCUGGUCAACAUCUCAUUGUAUGACACCUCUCGUGGAGUGGUGGUCUUGGGCCACAAGGUCACAUUUCUCUUUGCUUCUUGCCUCUUGCUCACCCUGGCACAAUAUGUAGUGUUCAGCUUACAGAAGGACUGA